CAUUUAUUGGCAUCAACAGUCGAAUUGUGUAAGCUAUUCCAUAGACAACUUAAAGAGGGACAGAAAAGAUGAAAGGGAUUCUUUGUUUCUUUUUGAUAUUGAUCGCUAAAUGUGCUACUUCAACAAGCCAGCAAUGCAGUGCAUCUUCUGUCGGAAAAAGGUUUGUGUUCGGUAUCAUCGGUUUUGACAGCAUUUACACUGGUUCAUAUUUACGCUUACACAUCACUCCUACUGAACAAGUACAAGCACACGUCCAGAUUAAUGCACCGUCUUCAAAUUUGGAUAAAAUCAUAAACGUCUCAAAUUAUACCAUUUUUGUUUUAAAUUUAACUCAAGUUCAGUUUGAAGAAGGAAAAAAAUUUAAAGGAAUUGAAGUCAUAUCUGAUGUGAAUGUAUCAGUACGCAUCCUCGCUGGCGACGACUAUUAUUACGAAGGGUUCCUUGCUCUACCAUUGACCGCGCUUGGUACUCAUUAUGUUGCUUUAUCAUACAAACCAUACAGUUCAUACAGCAGUGAAAUUCUAGUUGUUGGGAUUGAAAGCGAAACAAGUGUUUCUAUAUCUACAAUGCUUAAUGGUUAUCAAGGUUCUAACACAACAUUCCAAUUGCAAAAAUUCGAAAGUUACCAGUUCAAAGCGAAUCAUGACAUCAGUGGAAGCGUCGUCGUUUCUUCUAAACCAGUAGCUGUCAUCUCAGGAUCAGCUUUGGCACAAGUCCCCUCCGGAAUAGGAGAUUAUAAAUACCUUAUUGAACAGAUGAUCCCAACAAAAUAUUGGACAACAAAGUUUAUAAUUCCACCUAUAUAUCCUCGUCUUUAUUUCGUCCUGCGAUUUUUUGCUGAACAUAACAAUACGGAAAUACAGUAUCACAACAGCACAAAACAUUAUGCUGUUUAUUUGUCCAAUAAGGAUCAAUGGAGGAGAAUAUUGUUUGCUAACUGA